AUGGGGAAUGGGAGACAACCCUGGGAAAGGAAAUCGCACAACACGGGUGGACUGCGGUGGUUGGGCAUCGCCUCCUUCGGGGUCCCGGAGAAGCUGGGCUGCGCCAACUUGCCGCUGAACAGCCGCCAGAAGGAGCUGUGCAAGAGGAAGCCCUACCUGCUGCCCAGCAUCCGCGAGGGCGCGCGCCUGGGCGUCCAGGAGUGCCGCAGCCAGUUCCGCCACGAGCGCUGGGACUGCCGCGUGGCCGCCGCCCCCUCGGCCGCCAGCCCCCUCUUCGGCUACGAGCUGAGCAGCGGCACCAAGGAAACAGCGUUUAUCUAUGCGGUGAUGGCUGCCGGCCUGGUGCACGCAGUGACCAGGUCAUGCAGCGCAGGCAACAUGACGGAGUGUUCCUGUGACACCACCUUGCAGAACGGCGGCUCAGCCAGUGAAGGCUGGCACUGGGGGGGCUGCUCGGAUGACGUCCAGUACGGCAUGUGGUUCAGCAGAAAGUUCCUGGACUUCCCCAUCAGAAACACCACGGGCAGAGAAAGCAAAGUGCUGUUAGCAAUGAACCUACAUAACAAUGAAGCUGGAAGGCAGGCUGUGGCCAAGCUGAUGUCCGUAGACUGCCGCUGCCACGGAGUGUCCGGCUCCUGUGCGGUGAAAACAUGCUGGAAAACCAUGUCUUCUUUUGAGAAGAUUGGCCAUUUCCUGAAGGAUAAAUAUGAGCAUAGUGUUCAAGUCUCAGACAAAAUAAAACGGAAAAUGCGCAGGAGAGAAAAGGACCAGAGGAAAGUACCGAUCCGCAAGGAGGAUCUGCUCUACAUCCAUAAGUCUCCCAACUACUGUGUAGAGGAUAAGAAAAUUGGGAUCCCGGGGACACAGGGCAGAGAAUGCAACCGCACGUCGGAGGGCGCCGGCGGCUGCAACCUCCUCUGCUGUGGCCGAGGCUACAACACCCACGUGGUCAGACACGUGGAGAGAUGCGAGUGCAAGUUCAUCUGGUGCUGCUACGUUCGCUGCAGGAGGUGUGAAAGCAUGACGGACGUCCACACCUGCAAGUAACCACUCCGUCCAGCCGUGGGCACCACGCCUCACUGACCACAGUGGAGUGCCACUUUGCAGGGCUAGUGAAGUCCACUCUGGCCUCGAAACCCAAGAUCCUUGGACCCUCCCAGAGUUCCCUUUACCUGGUUGACGUCCAGUCACACACUGAGCAUGUGGAUUUGGGGGAAUUCUUCAAGUUUUGGGUUCCUAAUUUGGUGAUUUGGGGGAAUAUAUAUAUAAUCAUCUGUCUCCUAAGCAAGAAAGAGCAGGAAAGAACCUUCCUGUAGAAGAUCUGGUCAUCUUCAGGAUAAGAUCCUUGACUAUGGAACUCAGUUAUGGAACUCAGUAGGAAGGGGUGACUGUUAGUCAUUUUUAAAAGACACCUCUUACCGCAGCCAGGAGCGUACAGGUGAAUCUCAUUUAUUCUCUCAGCAUCUUAUUUUUUUCUUAAUAUAUUUUAUUGAUUUCAGAGAAGAAGGGAGAAGGAGAGAUAGAAACAUCAAUGAUGAGAGAAUCAUUGAUUGGCUGCCUCCUGCACGCCCCCUACUGGGGAUUGAGCCUGCAACCCGUGCAUGUGCCCUGACCAGAAUCGAACCUGGGACCCUUCAGUCUGCAGGCUGAUGCUCCAUCCACUGCGCCAAACCAGCUAGGGCUCUCUCGGCGUUUUAGAUGAAGAAAUCAUGUUACAUGUCUGUGCAUAGAAACGGAUGUUGAAAAGGUAACAGAAGUGGUGGGUGCUUUCUUUCAUUUCAAAAGAAAGGCAAUGAAAAAGAAUUUUCGUAAGUGAUACAAUAUUCCUAAAAAGUGUUUGGUAGGUUUAGUGACAAAAGGAAAGAAUCAAAAUUUAACAAAGUGAAUUUUGUAUAAUUUGGAUUUUAAAUGGAUUUUAAUCAGGAGAAUUUCUCGGUAAAUCUCAGUAAGGUAUGGAGUAAACUUUGAUCUUCAGCUUCAGACUUUAAUCGUAGACCAGUCGCUAUUAUUAAGAACCCAGCUCUGAAUUACUGUCUGAGGAAGGGAUCCUGAAAGCAUGUGGGAAAUUAGGGGUAAAGCACCCUUGAAACGUAUAAAAACAGUAUUUUGUAUAGUAUUUUGCUUUAAAAAAUUUUAUAUUUUGUAAAUACAGUUUUUAAAUUAUAUGAUAUAUAUUAAAACUUAAGACAUUUAUUGCGAAAGCCCAAAAGCUAAGGCGAUAAAAUUAUCUCAGAAAUAAUAUUAGCUUCUGUUUUUCUUCAUACUAUCAAUUCUGCCUUUUUAUAUAUAUAUUGAAAAAGAAGCUAAUUGAGCAGUUAGUUAUAUGGAUGUGUAUUUCUUGCCAAAAUAUCAGUUUUAUAAGUGUUAGAGUUUAAAAUAUGCUGCAAAACAUUGAGGAUUGUGUUAUUUCAAGCAGUGAGAUUAGUUGAAUUCUGUUUUUAAUUAAUGUUUAACUUGUAAAGUUAUUAUAAUAAAUUAUACAAAAAGUGUAGAAAGUCUUCACUGAAAAAACAGAAUCUAAAUCAGAAUAAUGAUCAACUUGUGGAUUUGAUUUCCUGGGUAUUUAUUAUAUUGUAUGUAAUGCUGCUUUUCCAUGUGAAUGUUGAAUGGUCUUUCUUGUUUUAGUAUUCACGCAUGUAUAUUCACCAUAUUUUACAAGGUUCCUGGUAAAAGUUGCAGGGCUGUAUUUAAAGUUAUAUUUUAAUGUAACUGCUUAGGUUUUUUAUGAAUUGUUAAAUAUUUCAGUAUUAUAUAGAAAAAAUAGAUUUCUAAGUUCAGAAUGGACAAAGAAAGAAUAUUCUUUUUUUUUCAUAACAAGCUAGAAAAAUGUUUCCCUUUCCCCCAGGUCUCAUUCUGUUUCCUUUCCAUUUUAUUACCAAGGCAGAACAAUAAUUUGUGGAUAAGAGCAAGCACCUGGAAAUAUCUCAGGUCUAAUAUUAAAAUCAAGGCUAAACAUUUGAAUGUGA